UUUCAUUAAUUAUAUAUUUUAUGACAUCAGAUGAGGAUUUUCAAUGGCAACCUCCCUCAGAGGCCGAGAUGAAAAUCUUGGAGGCCAGACGUGAGAGGUCAGAUAAGAUCAGUAAACUAAUGGGAGACUAUCUGCUGAAGGGCUACAAAAUGCUGGGGAAUGUCUGCGAAGUCUGUGAUACAAUACUCUUAGAAGACAAACAAGCGCAGAAGUACUGUAUAGCCUGCAGGGAAUUGGAAACAACCUGUUACGCCUUAUUACACCUUCUAGGUCCAAAACUGUACAAAGCGGGGGAACAGCACCUCCAAAAAAUCAGUGGCGGAUCUCAGGGUUUAAAGGCCCAUCAUAUUUCUGCAUGCAAUUCUGCUGUGGAUAGUCUUUGUGAUAAAAUCAAAUGGGCAAGUGAGGAAUUAAAACAUUCAUCUGGAGUGGAAUAUAGCAUUCAGUUGUGUAAUCUUAUUAAGGCUAGUGCAGAUGCACUACAGAGUUUAAAGUCUGUACAUUGAUAAAUUAUUAUUGAACACAUGCAAUUUUUCAAAAAUUGUAUUUAAUGAAAACUUGUAACUUAUAUUGUCAAAAUGCUUCAU